AGCUGCGGGCCGGCGGGCGGGGACCCCCGGGAGGCCUGACUCUACCAGCUCCCCAGUACCUCCUGGCACAGUUCGGGCAGUCUCUGCGCGGGGAGCCUCCGUGGCCGGAGUCCAGUUUUCGGGAAUCACUCUGCCGGGUCCUGCCUCAGCUGAAGGAAUGGCCUGCACCGCGGCUGAAACGGAGAAGCCGGAAGAUCACAAUGACUUGGUACAGCUUUGCAACCCCCAUGUAGCCGCAAUGAAGGAAGACGUCCUCUACCACCUCGGCCUCAGCACCAGCACGCACGAUUUCCCAGCUAUGUUUGGAGACGUGAAGUUUGUGUGUAUGGGAGGAAGCCCUUCCCGGAUGAAGGCCUUCAUCAAGUACGUGGCUGUGGAGCUGGGCUUCGCCCCCGCGGGUGCUGACUACCCCAACAUCUGUGAGGGCACCGACCGCUAUGCCAUGUUCAAAGUGGGGCCAGUGCUGUCCGUCAGCCACGGGAUGGGCGUCCCCUCCAUCGCUAUCUUGCUGCAUGAGCUCAUCAAGCUGCUGUACCACGCUCGCUGCUCCGGCGUCACCCUCAUCCGCAUCGGCACUUCCGGUGGGAUAGGUCUGAAGCCCGGCUCUGUGGUGAUCACCCGGCAGGCGGUGGACCCAUGCUUUAAGCCGGAGUUCGAGCAGAUUGUCCUGGGGAAGCGAGAGGUCCGGACCACGGACCUGGACGAGCAGCUGGUACAGGAGCUGCUGCGCUGCUCCGAGGACCUGGGCGAGUUCCCCACAGUCGUGGGCAACACGAUGUGCACCUUGGACUUCUACGAGGGGCAAGGCCGCCUGGACGGGGCGCUCUGCUCCUACACCGCAAAGGAUAAGCAGGAGUACCUGCAGGCAGCCUACGCGGCCGGCAUCCGCAACAUCGAGAUGGAGGCGACGGUCUUCGCCGCCAUGUGCAACGCCUGCGGCCUCCGAGCGGCCGUGGUGUGCGUCACCCUCCUCAACCGCCUGGAAGGAGACCAGAUCAGCAGCCCCCACGAGGUGCUGGCCGAGUACCAGCAGCGGCCCCAGCGGCUAGUAGGCCAGUUCAUCAAGAAGCGCCUGAUGUAGGCCUGACACCCCAACAUCUAUCUAGAGGGCAUUUGUGGUUCCUGCAAAUAAAAUCAUUGCCACA